UGUAAAGAGCUCAGUGGCUUUGUUCCCAUUGACGGGGGCGGAAUUUUCUUCGAGAUUGCCCCUGAGGAUUAACGGCGGGCCCUUUUGUGUGUUUUACAGUAAGAAUAUUUUCUUGUCAUCUCCUGCGCUUCACUGAUUUGGGUGUUAAUCUUAGCAAGGUUGAACAAUGUUCUGGAAAUUUCAUGCUGCACCAUCAGCAAGUGUAGAUGAACUUCUAAGCAAAGAGAAUGUAACCCUAGAACAAUUAUUGGAUGAAGAGGACAUUAUACAAGAAUGCAAGGCUCAGAACAGCAAAGUCAUUGAUUUCCUGACACAGCCGGACAUGAUGAUGUCGCUGGUGUCGCACAUGGUGACGGAGCCGGACCCGAGUGGCGACGUGACGGCACAGUACCGCUAUGCCAACAUGGCCUCCGAGAUUGUGACGUGCAACAUCCCAGCCAUCAUCGACCAGCUGGCGUCCGAGCGGCCGCUGCUGCAGCGGCUCUAUGGCCUGCUGGAGCAGGACGUGCCACUCAACCCGCUGCUGGCCAGCUUCUUCUCCCGCACCCUGGCGCUGCUCAUUGUCCGCCGACCCGACCAGAGUUGGUACUCCUAUCAGUUCAACUGCUUACAGGUAUUAGAAUUCCUUAAGUCCAUGGAGACGUUCAUCGACCUGGUGCUGAAGCACCUGGGCACCUCGGCCAUCAUGGACCUGACGUGCAAUCUCAUCUCGGGCAUCGAGGCGCCCGAGUACCGGCAGAACGCGCUCAACUGGCUGAACGACCAGCGGCUGGCGCAGCGGCUGGCCGAGCUGAUGGCCGACUCGCAGCAUCCAGAGCGCCAGGCCAACGCCGGCCAGGUGGUCAUCUCGGUGGUCAGCUGCGCCAGGCAGAUGGCGCAACAGCUGGCGCCCGGCGAGAAGGAGCCCAACCCGCUCGUCUCCACCAUCGAAACGGUGGAGUUCGUCUCGACGGUGCUGGACGGCGUGCUUGGCGACGGCCGGACGGAGGCCGGCCUGGUGAACGCCGUGCUGGUGCUGCGGCUGCUGCUGGACACGGGCCGCCAGGGCGCGCCGUACGCGCAGAACGAGGCCGACGAGGAGUCGCCGCCCCAAGAGCCGGCCAGCGUGCAGGCGGUGACGGAGGCGGACCUGUUUUUCCAGUAUACACUGAACAAUUUCCUUCACUCACAAGUAGAACAAUGCAUUGGUCUGAUCCUGGAUGCGGAGCCGCAGGAGAACGAGGAGGGCAAGAGCUGUCAUCCACUUCUAGUACAUCUUGGUGGCAGCGGCCCGCUAUGUCCGACUCGGAUGGACGCGCCCCUGAUGGCAACACCCCGCUGCCCACAGAUAUUCACAAAGACAAAGCUGGUGCAGAGAAUACUGCAGGGCAUGGAGGAACCCCAGACGAACGGCGAGACCUCGGAACAGAAACGGUGCUGCCGGUCACUGCGAGCCUACUGCGGCCACCUGGUCAACAUGGCCAACAAGAUCUGCUCGGCGUGCGAGAAAGGCCCAAACGCCGAGCUGGUGCAGCGCCAGCUGGACGCGCUGCCCGAGCCCAUCCGGGCCGCCUGGCAGGCCUUCAAGGAGGCCAAACUCAACCGCAUUAACGAACAGAACAAGCCGGUGUUGCCCGACACCAAGCAGGACUCGAGCAGCGACUCGGACUACCGCGGAGUCACGGACGCCCAACAGGCAGCCAUAUUGAGGACGUUCCACAACUUCCAGCUACUAAACGCCGGCACUGGCAGCGGCCUGUCCGACCAGAUGGGGCACAGCGACGACGAGUACAACGACAUCGGCGACGUGCUCAGUGCCGCCCACCCGGUCGCCAUGGACACCAACCUGUGGGAGUCGGCGCCGGCCGCCGACCCGGCCGCCAGCGACUGGGCCGACUUCGCCGCCUUCCCGGCGCCGGCCGCCGUGCCGGCCUCGCCGCCGCGCGAGAGCAAAGGUGCGCCCCGGCCCUGA